AUGGUGAAAACUAAAGGCCCAAAAGGUGGUAAUGAAGCUAAUAGUGUCUGUGGUAGUGGUAAUAUUGUUUGUGAUGAUUGUAAUAUUGUUAAUGGUGAUAAUGUUGCUAAUGAUAGUAUUAAUGUUGCUAGUGAUAGUGAUAAUAUAGCUAGUAAUGAUUUUGAAGACAAAUAUGAUCUUCUGGAUAUAUUAGUAUAA